AUGGGCAUUCUCGACAACGUUAGGGGCCGCAAGGACGCCGUCAUUGCUGAGGCCGCCGUCCAGCCGAACGCCGAGCCCAAUGCCGAGUCCAAAGACAUCUCCACCGAGCCGCCGUCGUACAGCAACUCGGACCUGAGCCUCGAGGCCCGCAACGAGCGUGAGGUCGAGAAGCACCCCGACGAGGUCACCAAGGAUGUCUCGGAGGGUGUGCAGAAGGUGCAGGCCGCGGCACUGGUCUGGAGCAAGAAGACGGUCUACUGCAUCUACGCAUGGAUCUGGGUCUGCUUCUUCAUGCUGGCCUUCCAGCAGUCGAUCGGCAACAACGUCAACUACUACGCCUACUCCAACUUCUCGGCGGCGCCGCAAAUCUCGACGGCCAACAUCCUGGCGGCCAUCGUCGGCGGCAUCCUGCGUCUUCCCGCGGCCAAGAUCCUCAACAUCUGGGGCCGCGCCGAGGGUCUGUUCGUCUUCUUCUGCAUUUACGAGCUCGGCAUGAUCAUCAUCGCGGCGUGCAAGGGGCCCGACGGCUACGCUGCGGGCUACACGCUGUACUGGAUCGGCUACGACUGCAUCUACAUCAUCCUGGACAUCUUCAUCGCCGACACGUCCGGGCUGCGCAACCGAGCCUUCGCCUUCGGUUUUGUGACGACGCCCUUCAUCUGCACGGCCUUCACGGGCCCGCUGGCGGCGCAGUCGUUCCUGUCCAUGACUUCGUGGCGGUGGGCGUACGGCGCCUUCUGCAUCAUCCAGGUGGCCGUCUUCAUGCCGCUGGUCGUCGUCUUCAAGUUCUACCAGAAGAAGGCCGAGAAGAUGGGCAUUUACAAGAAGGAGUCCAGCGGCCGCACCGCCCUGCAGUCGACCCUGUACUACCUCGAGGAGUUUGACGUCAUCGGCUGCCUGAUCAUCAUCGCGGCGUUUGUCCUCUUCCUGCUGCCGUUUAGCCUGACGUCUUACGGCAUGGCCGAGUACCACAGUGCCAAGUUCAUCGCCAUGGUGGUCAUCGGCUUCUGCCUCUUCCCCGUCUUCUACGCGUGGGAGCGGUACGGCACGCGCAAGACGUUCGUGCCGUGGGAGCUGCUGCGCGAGCGCACCGUUCUCGGCGCCUGCAUCACCUCGGCCGUCCUCUACUUCUCCUUCUACUCGUGGGACCUGUACUACUACUACUUCGUGCAGGUCGUGUACGACCUCAACAUCCAGGACACGGGGUACAUGACGCAGAUCUACAACGUGGGGUCGUGCUUCAUCUCGCCCGUCUUCGGCCUGAUCGUGCGGUACACCAAGCACUUCAAGUACAUCUGCCUGUGCGUCGGGCUGCCGCUCAUGUUCCUCGGCGCGGGGCUGAUGAUCCACUUCCGCGGCUCCGACGGCGACAUCGGGUACAUUAUCAUGUGCCAGAUCUUCAUCGCGUUUUCGGGCGGCAUUCUCGUCAUCGGCAACCAGAUGGCCGUCAUGGCGGCGGCGGACCACGUGGGCGUGCCCAUGAUGCUGUCGCUGCUGAUGAUGAUGUCCAGCAUUGGUGGUGCCAUCGGCCAGGCCGUCGGCGCGUCCAUCUACUCCAACACGUUCCCCAAGGCCCUGAUUUCCAGGCUCCCUGAGAGCGAGCAGGCCAACUGGUCCACCAUCUACCUCGGCGGCACCACGACCCAGAUGAGCUACCCCAUGGGCUCGCAGACCCGUGAGGCCAUCAACUACGCCUACGGCUACGCCCAGAAGUACGAGUGCAUUGCUGCCACGGCUAUUUUGGUGCUUGCUAUUCCCGCUAUCGGAAUGUGGAAGAACUACAACGUCGACAAGAAGCAGAUCAAGGGCAACGUCUUGUAA